UUAUAACUCUUAUCUAACCUUGAUCCAACUAUCUGCAAACGCAGCCUUGUUUAACACUAUCAUUUAAACUAGAAAAGAUAAAUGCAAAAUAUCAAAUACACUGGAUCUAAACGGAUAAUAUUUACUACAUGCUGUAAUUGUUUCUCUUCGGGAGAAAAUAAAAGAGGAAAAAGGAUGAGACCACAUACAGUGGGUUAUUUAGUCGGUACAAGUGUUCUGAUUUGUCUAGUUUUUUUAAUACACGAAUACAAGAACCAGACUCGACCAUUGUCUGUUGAGCAUAAACCUGGCGACACAAAUGAAAUCGUUUUACAAGGAAUCUUUUCACAAGAUCGUAAAAAUGCCGAGCAUUCUAAAAGUUUUAUACCUAUGACUAUACCCAUGGUUCGAAACAGCUCAUUUGAUUAUAAGGCUGCCAUGAUGAAACUGAACAAAGAAAAAGUGAGCCAAGACGACCCACGGCUGAUAAAGUUGAUUAGAGAUUAUUACAUCGAGCCACCUUCAAAGGCUCCAUAUAACCUUCUGAAUCCAGAACGACUGGAGUUCUCAAAUGGUCAGACCCCUUUUGUUGAUAGCAGAUUAAAUUACAUGGAGGGUGGUUUUUACAUUGAAUGUGGGGCUUUGAAUGGAGAGAAAGGAUCAAACACACUCUUCUUUGAGAAAGUAAGGAAAUGGAACGGUUUACUCGUAGAAGCAGAUCCAGAAAAUUAUAAAGUUUUGAAAACAAAGAACAGAAAGGCGUUUACCAUGAACGCUUGCUUGAAUCCACAACCAUAUCCAGCAUUGAUGACUUUCAACAAAGCUUUUAAUAGAGGUCGAGUUGUCCACAACCAGGAAGCCAAGAAUUGGAUAAAUAAGCAAAAUAUCGCCAAAGACGAGAUUCAAAUUCAGUGCUUUCCCCUUUUUUCCAUACUCUUAGCCUUAGAUCAGUUGACUGUGGAUUUUUUUAGUCUAGAUGUGGAAGGAGAUGAAUUAAAUGUAUUGAAGACGAUUCCAUGGGAUAAGGUGAAUAUAAAGAUGUUGACAGUAGAGUAUGUUCAUGAUGUGGGCUCAUCAGGCGGGUUGAAGAGCUAUGUGGAGAAACAAGGCUAUGACUCUAUGUUACAGGUCUCAAGGUGGGACGGUGGAGUUAACGAUAUUAUAUUUAGAAAGAAAGGGCUGACUCAUUAGGAUAUUUGUGAGAGAUUUUGUUUCCUAUUAGUGCCUUUAGGCAUUAUUAUUGAAUAUUCAAAGGAGAGAAAAAAAGUUAUUUUAAAUUCAAAUGGGAAAACAGGGAUAUUUGAAGGGAAAACAUAAACUUGUUGAAUACCAUUAAAGGUUAAAAUGUAAAAUUGUACGAAUAUGUUAAGGAAAUAUACGGUUGUUGAAUAUUAAAAAGAAAAGAUUGCUGAAUACUCAAAGGAAAAUACAAGGUUGCUGAAUAAUAAAUUUGUCAGAUUAUUUAAAGGAAGUUUACAAUUGUUGAAUAUUCAAAUGGGCAAAAUUAGUUUGUUGAAUAUUGAAAGAGAAAAAAAUACUUUAAGAUAAUAUAGUAAAUGUAACU